GUGUAUCUCCUCCUUACCCAAAGAAGUUUACAUACCGAUUCAUCGAAUCGUACAUCAAAGUUCAGGACCAGACUACCAGACUACCAGUCGAGCCAGUGCCAGUACCAGUAUCAGCACAGUACCCUACCGACCAAAUUGUUUAACUGUUUAAUUCGCCUGUGCUUUCUUGAAUCAAUCUAUUCUCUUUUCAUUCAUCCCGCAUUCACACUGCCUGCAUCCACACUGCAGCGAUUUUGCCUGAUCAAUCUAUUAAUUCCCCCGUCUUCUUUUUACAGUUACUUUUGCAAAAAGUCUCCUUCUCAGGAACGAACCACAAGAAAUAGUUCUAGAGUCCCGACGGUCCAACUAUUACCAUUACCAUUCCUGUUACUAUUGCUAUUACUACGACGACGACUACCACCACCACUCCGACCACCACGACCACCACGACCACCACCACAAUCACCACUACGACCUUAUUAUUAUUAUUGCUCCUACUACGGAACGAAACAUCGAACCCGCAAGAGCCCCCCUUCAAGAAACAGUUCCAACUACUAUUCCAUUACCAUUGCCCAUUAACAACCAAUACCAUACACGCUUACAUCAUCCACCACAAUUCCCUUUAAGGAGUACCAGUACACCUCGAUCAAUUACAUUUGCAUUUCCAUUUCCAGUUCCAUUUACAAUUAUAUUACAUACAAUUACCAUCACCCGCAUCAGCAGGACAACAGCCUCUCCACCACUUCCCCAUAAGCAGUAAGGUCGUCGGCAACCACCUCAAAACAGUCAUUCUCGUCAUACCUUACCUCAAUUAAGUUAUUUUAUAAAUCUUAUCGAAAUGGCCGAUAUCACAGAUCAACACGACCAGAAUUCUCCAACAGCUCUGGAUGAACAUGCUGUUGGCAAUGGAAACCCAAUUGCUGGAUCCGAUGCUCGUGGUAUUAAACGCGCAAGACCUGCCACCGCAGAUGACGACGAUGACGAUGAUGAUAAACCCGGUCGCGAAAGAAGAAAAAUCGAGAUCAAAUUCAUUACAGAUAAAUCGCGUCGCCACAUCACAUUCUCAAAAAGAAAGGCCGGUAUCAUGAAGAAGGCAUACGAAUUGUCAGUCUUAACUGGGACCCAAGUUCUGCUCUUGGUCGUGUCCGAGACUGGUCUUGUAUACACUUUCACAACACCAAAGUUACAACCUUUGGUCACAAAGGCGGAAGGAAAGAAUCUGAUUCAGGCUUGCUUGAAUGCGCCCGAACCUUCUGGAAAUGGUGAGAACGGAGUUGAUGAUGGAAACACUGUCGAAUCACCCGAGGAGCCAGCUCCACAACAUUUACCUCCACAACAACAAGGUCGUCCUGGAAUGCCUCAACAGGCACCACAAAUGCAUCAAGGUUAUGGCGUUGGUGUACAAGGGCUAUCGCAGGAACAGCAACAAGCUAUUGCUUAUCAAAAUUAUAUGGCUCAUCAACAACGAGGAGGUUACAUGCCUCCACAAGCUGGUAUGCCACAGCCGCAAACACAUCAAUCAUAAUACAAUCGCGAAGUCCCAGUACACGAAACGGGUCAAAUAAGUCCUUGAAACUUUGAUACCCGGCACAUAAUGCAAGAGUGUUCUGCAGCAAUCGUGUCUUGCGGGGUUCAAUUCUCUAAUGUUGUUUCCGAAGGUGUUAAGGUGUCAUUUUUUCUUCUAUUAUAUUGGGUUUCUCUUUCAUUUGGUCUGCACAGACAUAUUUUCCACAUCACCAAAACAGACACAAUUUGCGAUAAUGAGAUUAAUAAACUUUGCCACCAUUUGGAAUUCUGAAUAUGGUAAAAGGGAAGGGGGCGUGCAAGGCGGUUGGUUGGUGCGGGGGCUUUGACAGGCAAGGUGGGCGGCCAAUGUUUGGUUCUGCGAAUUCCUCCUCUCUUUUUUUCUGUUUCUCUCGUCUGAACGGUUGGUGGUGACGGUGAUGGUGGAUGAUGCAUUGAAAGACAACAUAGUUCAUUCAUGAUGGGAUGAUAUCAAAAGGAUGGUUCGUGGGAAGUGGGUGCAGGUAAUCAGGCAAAUUUCUAGCUCGAGGUCAGGUCGUUGUAGCAGCUCUCUCUUGUACAGUAAAAUCAAUUGGGGAGGACGAGAACUAAAUGAAAUAAUCGGUCUGUUCAGAAGUUUCUCUACAAUGUGCAGUGAUUUUCCUGACUAUUACGAAAGGAGGACGUGUUUGUUUGAAUCUAAGAAUAUUAAGU